AUGCAAGGGUGGCUGAAAUCAGGUUUCCGGAAAAAGGCAAUCGAAAGGUUCAAGAAAAGAUUCAACAAGAAGAAGGCUACUCUCGAUGAGUCGAUCCGUCCCAUGCCGAAUGCACACCUUUGCAUUCGGGACUCCGUGCUCGGGCUUGCUGGAACGAGAGGGAACUGCUGGCAGGAAAGGAGAACAGGUAAACUUGCUCUGCUCUUGUGCGAACCAGUCUUGUUUGAAGAUAACAACAACACUACAGUGGUCACAGCGGAGUACGUUGCCUUCGGUUGGGCACCCGACGGCGAUACCAUUGUCGACUGGAUCCCACUUCAUGAGAUUGAGUAUGUUGCUCACUGCCGUGCGGACGAGCUGCCGCAAGACUCUCGUGAUCAGCCAGUCGAGAUCGAGUACUACGACACCAACAUGAAGCAGCUGAAAAGAACUUUGACCUAUCCCAGCAAGCACUUUCGACCUCAGACAGAGUUCAAGAUCAAGACCAUAGAGGACGGGUUCAACAGCGGCCGACUCUACAUCCUCAAGGCCUCGUCUGAGUCCGAGUGCUCCGACUGGAUGCAGACCAUCAACGAGUUCGUCGUGAACGCGAGGAAGUUGUGGAGGAAGCGUCUUCUGUUCAUCCAGUUCAAGAGGAAACUUGCAAACUUCCACGACUCCGACGGAGUUCAAAUCUUCAUCGCACUCCUCAUCGCAGCCAACUUUGCGGCCACAGUCACGCAGCUGGAGAUGUUGCCUGCCCCAGACUCCACCUUGUUCAAGCAGCUCGACCAGCUGGACUUGAGCUUUACCAUCCUCUUCGCGGUUGAUCUAGCGAUCAACAUGACCGCGAACUUCUGGUGGAGAUUCUGGAAGGUAGAUCGUGCUCUUGACUCCUCGAACGGUUGGAAUGUCUUCGAUUUCAUCGUG